AUGAAAGUUAGUAUCAGUACAUUCUCUACCGCUGUACUUAUGCUUGCGUUUCUCGUGUGUGAGAAUCAAGCUGCUUCAUCAUGUUAUUCAUGCAAUGAUUGUGGCACUAAUUGGGAUAUAUCAAAAGCUAGUGUCGUUUCAACAUCAGGUCCUAAUGAUUAUUGUCGAAAAACCGUAACAGGACCAAUGGUGAGCAAAGACUAUACAUCGAGUUGUACAUCUGCCAAUCUUCUCGGUCAUGGUAUUUUCUGUUGUCAAACAGAUUUGUGCAAUUCAGCAAAUCGACCAUCAGCUACAAUGCUUAUAUUUCAACUGACAACUGCUCUUCUCUGGAUAGUAUAUCGUUAUCUAUUUUGA